AUGGUCUUCAAAUCCCUCCCCAACCUCCUAACAACCCUAACAACUAUCUCCAAAACCACCCACGACCUGCUCUCCACCAUCCUGAUCGCCCAAGACUCCCACGGCGACAACCCCCUCUACGCCAGCACAGCCCUCACCCUAGCCAGCAGCUUCGCGCCCCCCGCGCUCGCAGCAAUCACCAUCCACCAAGCCCUUGAAACCAACACCCAACUACGCCAAAUUUCCUCCCACCUGGGCACCAUCUCCGACACCCUCGCCCGCGACAAUGCACUGCGCGUCGCAUCCGAGUUCCCUACCCUUGUGUACAAUAUGCUGCAACACAAGAUAAAAUCCGAGCCGUCUUCGAUAUGGUACCUCGUCUAUCACCCCGACACGAUCUGGCGACAUCAUUUUGAGGAUUUGGUUCUGAAUCGCGGCGUGCUGGGAGAGAGAUUCAUUGGAAUAUUUGGGAGUUUGGAUGCGGUGGUUAUUUAUAUGCAGGCUAUGAGGAGGGCCGGGGUCGGGAGAGGAGGAGGCGGGGAAGGGGAGGUGCAUUUCAGGUUACUAAUUCCGGCCUAUUAUCCAAUUACGGUGGAGACGCCAGUCAAAUUCCCGGUGGAAAGUAUUGAGCCUUUCGAUGUCUAUUGUGAUGUGCAUAAUGGGGUGCCGUUGGUAAGAAUGUUUCUGCCCGGCGUGAGGGAAGGCGAGUUGGGGAAUGUGGGGUUGUGGAAGCCGCAGAGGGGGUUUUGGGAACAAUUAUUCGGGAUAGGGACUGGACAGGAUGAGAAUCCCAGGUUGUUGGGGAUGCAGGUAUUGCAUGAUGGGGAGAUUGGGAAGACGGACGGAUUGGUGAUUCAUGAUCAGUCCGUCGAUGAGACAAUACGACAACCUGGCGAGCAGGUACAAGUGCAAGAGAAGAUGCGUGAUGUGCUGGCAGAAGAUCCAGUGAGUGGUGACGAGUACAUAUAUGAGGAAGCCGUUGGUAGAGAAACAGAUGAUGAGUUAGAGCGCGCCUCGACAGUCGCAUCAGCUGGAGAGACCGAACAGCAUACUAUCCGACAUCAUUCGCGUCGACAUAAGAGUCGGCACAGCACUGCAUCCCAGGCUGGAUCCGUGGCUGGCAGUGACUUUUACUCGGUUUAUUCGUGGACCUCUGGUCAGAGCUCCCGUAGCUCAGGGAGGAGACACAAACGUCGACAUGACAGUCGAAAUGGGAGUGAUCGGAGCAGUCGCCGAUGA